GCUCAGCUUCCCUACAGCCGCUGUUCCAACACCUGAAGGGACAGAAGCGGGCUCGGGGAGCUCCAACAGGCAGCGGCGGAGCGGGACGGCCAGUCCAGUGGGGGCCUCCGCAUGGCCCCACCGUGAGAGGCUGGACCCAGCGGCUGGGACCAGGAGUGGUCUCCGGGAGUCCCAGGAGUAGUGGAAAUGGCUGCCACAGAGGAGGACAAGCUCCCAUCUGCACUGCCUGAGGAAGGCGGUGCCACCUGGGACCCCAGCCUGGAACCUAAGGAGGAGCCUGGGGUCCAGAAUGGAAUGACAGCCAAUGAGGGCCCAAGUAGCUGCCUUAGCAGCCCAGGGAAAGAGGAAACAGGCACCUUGGUGGAUACUAAGGAGCUCACAGAGCACCCAGUUGUGGCCCUUCCUGGCCUCAGCCUCGACCUCUCUCUCACCAAUGGCCUGGCCCUAGGACUAGAUGUGAACAUUCUGGAAGAUCCAACAGAGCCCAGGCCCUGGAGGGCCAGUGGGGUGGCAGAAGGGGACAAUGCCUCCAGAAAUCUCUGUCUAGAUGCUGAGGACCCUCAGCUGGGGCUGGAUGGCCCUGGGGAGACAGAUGUGCGGGAUGGCUUCAGCGCCACGUUUGAGAAGAUUCUGGAGUCAGAGUUGCUGCGGGGCACUCAAUACAGCAGCCUUGACUCCCUAGAUGUGCUGAGCCUCACGGAUGAGAGCGACAGCUGUGUCAGCUUCGAGGCUCCCCUUACACCCCUCAUCCAGCAGCGGGCCCGAGAUAGCCCUGAACCAGGAACUGGGUUGGGCCUUGGGGACAUGGGGCCCGAGGGAGACGUGGGGGCAGCUGGUGGUGACAGGGAGCUGGGCAGCCCCCUGCGGCGCUCCAUCUCCAGCAGCCGUUCAGAAAACGUCCUGAGUCGCCUGUCUCUCACGGCGGUACCCAACGGAUUCCAUGAAGACGGGCCCCAGGGUCCAGGAGGGGAUGAUGAGGAGGAGGAGGAGGAGGACACAGAUAAGUUGCUGAACUCGGCCAGUGACCCCAGCCUGAAGGAUGGCUUGUCCGACUCAGACUCAGAGCUGAGCAGCUCAGAGGGACUGGAGCCUGGCAGCACAGACCCACUGGCCAAUGGGUGCCAGGGGGUCAGUGAAGCUGCCCACCGACUGGCCCGCCGCCUCUACCACCUCGAGGGUUUCCAACGCUGUGAUGUGGCUCGGCAGUUGGGGAAGAACAACGAGUUCAGCAAGCUGGUCGCCGGGGAGUACCUCAGUUUCUUCGACUUCUCAGGUCUCACUCUGGACAGAGCACUCAGAACCUUCCUGAAGGCCUUCCCACUGAUGGGGGAGACACAGGAGCGUGAGCGGGUCCUUACACACUUUUCCCGCCGGUACUGCCAGUGCAACCCAGAUGACAGCACCUCGGAAGAUGGGAUUCACACGCUCACCUGUGCCUUGAUGCUGCUCAACACAGACCUGCAUGGACAUAACAUUGGCAAGAAGAUGUCCUGCCAGCAAUUCAUUGCCAACCUGGAUCAGCUGAAUGAUGGUCAAGACUUUGCCAAAGACCUGCUGAAGACCCUAUACAACUCCAUCAAGAAUGAAAAGCUGGAAUGGGCCAUUGAUGAGGAUGAGCUAAGGAAAUCUCUGUCUGAGCUGGUGGAUGACAAGUUUGGGACAGGCACGAAGAAGGUGACACGGAUCCUGGAUGGUGGCAACCCCUUCCUGGAUGUCCCGCAGGCUCUCAGCGCCACCACCUACAAGCAUGGUGUGCUGACUCGGAAGACCCACGCAGACAUGGAUGGCAAGAGAACACCCCGUGGGAGGCGAGGCUGGAAGAAAUUCUACGCCGUGCUCAAAGGGACCAUCCUGUACCUACAGAAGGACGAAUACAGGCCUGACAAGGCUCUGUCAGAGGGAGACUUAAAGAAUGCCAUUCGUGUGCAUCAUGCUCUGGCCACUAGAGCUUCAGACUACAGCAAGAAGUCCAACGUGCUCAAGCUGAAGACAGCCGACUGGAGGGUCUUCCUCUUCCAGGCACCGAGCAAGGAAGAAAUGCUGUCUUGGAUCCUGAGGAUCAACCUUGUGGCUGCCAUUUUCUCAGCCCCAGCUUUCCCAGCAGCUGUCAGCUCCAUGAAGAAGUUCUGUCGGCCCCUUUUACCUUCCUGCACCACUCGCCUCUGCCAGGAGGAGCAGCUUCGGUCUCAUGAGAAUAAGUUGAGGCAGGUGGCUGCAGAGCUGGCUGAGCACAGGUGUCAUCCAGUGGAGAGGGGCCUCAAGUCUAAGGAGGUAGAGGAGUACCGGCUGAAGGAACACUAUCUCACGUUCGAGAAAAGCCGUUAUGAGACCUAUAUCCACCUCCUGGCUGUGAAAAUCAAAGUGGGAUCAGAUGAUCUGGAGCGGAUUGAGGCUCGGCUGGCCACUCUGGAAGGGGAUGACCCUUCUCUCCGGAAGACACACUCCAGCCCCGCACUCAGCCAGGGUCAUGGGCCUGUGACUGGCAGCAAAGCCACAAAGGAUGCCACUGGGCCUGACACUUAGCUGGUUUGGACGUAUAGGCCCUGGAGGCAGGCAAAUGAUCAUUGAGGGGUCAGUGAGCACAAUUCCAGCCAGGUGCUGCUUGUAAUAAGCUCCAGGCAGCUGAUGGCGACCAGAGGGCUGUGGAGGGUACUAUGGGCCAAGGAGAUGGAGAUGUGUCAUACAUGGUGUUGGUCUUCUUACAGUCCGAGCCAUCUCUGGUCUUGACCCUCUCACU